AUGGGCUGCUGCAGCAAUAAACCUCAUUCCACCCAAUUAUCGAGAUUUGCUGGUAAUAAUAGCCAAACUGAAGAUAUAGUGUCUCCAUCCUUAAGGACUCUCAUAGUCCCCGAUGUCUCCGGAGGAGAUUUGAGGAUCGGCUUUACCAACUUAUGCAGUGAAAGCAUGCUCAAAACAAAUCUACAAUUUCAGAAGGAUUUGCCAAUUUGAGGAUUAGUUUUACCGAUCUUUGGAUCUCCUCGAGACGCCAAGAUUAUGGAGGUUCAUAAGCGCGGAGGUGCUAUAUUUCAACAUUUAUUCGUUGUCCUUAUUGUCUCCAAGAUUUCUAUGACGAUCUCACGACAAGCAGAUUUUCUGAACAUUUAUUAGUAUGUAAAAGGCACAGCAAUUUCAUUGUAAAUGAGGAUUUAAAUUGUGAUUUAUCAAAGGAUUCAUCAUAUGGAGAUAAAAUUGAAUGACUUAGAAAUGAGAUAAAUAAAAUCCGAAUUCCUUGACAUUCUGGAAUAGAAGUAAAAUGGCGGCGCUGAUGGAAAUUGGACUCUGAGGCUCUCUCCCUAUGGAGCAGAUAGGAAUUAUCCCUGAUAAAGCUGAAAAGAGGGCCUCUGUCCCUUUUGAAAUAGCCUUCAGGCUUUGGAUGCCUUGCGAAGAUGAAAGUUUUGUUUUUCCCCCUGAGGGUUUUCCCUGUCCUGCCAGAUUGCUAGAUAGGUUUUUGCCUACCACAUAAUCUUCGUGUUGAAGCCAUCGGAACUAUCUACAGAAGGUGGCUCUACCUUAGGGAGCUGAAUUCUUGGACAAAUGGAUAAGGUUGGAAAUUCAAAUAUCAGCCUUCCAUUUUUUUAUUUGAACUCAGAGGACGAUGAAGACUGCUAUUUUUUGAGCCGAGACAAGGCAGCUUGCUCGCUUAUGGUAGUUUAACCGUUUAAUAUAUUGGCAUUCUGAACAUAUGAAAUUUAGAGUGAAAAGAGGAGAUAUUAUAAAAACUUCUAUGAAAAAUAUUCUUGGCUUUUCUACUAUUGAUUUUCACAAAGAGUUUCAGGUCAAUUUUGAUGGAGAGCUUGCAAUGGAUGCUGGUGGAUUAUUAAGAGAAUGAUUUACGAUUUUAACAAAAAAACUUUUUUCAGAAAAAACAGAGUUAUUUAAAUUAGCGAACACUAAAUGCGUAAAUUAUACUUUUCCAAAUAUUAUAGAUGAAGCAAGGAUUAAUGAAUAUAUUUUUACUGGAAAACUAAUAGGAAAAGCCAUUUUUGAAAACGUUCCUAUUUAUUGUCCAUUUACACCAAUCAUUUUUAAACAUAUUGUCGACGAAGAAAUUCAAUUUAAAGAUCUUUCUCAAGUUGACUAUGAAGUAAAGUCUAUUUAGCUUUAUAACUCACUGCUAUAUAUUUAGAUAAAUUAAAAUAGCAAUACCUGCAAGCCUGUCCUCUUGGCGAAACAGUCCAGAUGGUCACGGCGAACUGGAGACGGACUCCGAGAAAAGAAUCUAGUGUAACCUUAGAUGUUAUCAGGCUAGGUUUAGCUACCUUCCUGUGGUUGGAAAUGAAAGUGCCUUGCCAAUGUCCUUCGGAUCAAAGAACCCAUUGUCUCUCCUCUACCGAAAAGCUUGGGUUUCGGCCCAGUCCACAGGAGAGCUGUCUUUUCCUGUAGCUAUAAAGGAAGGGACUUCAGCAAUCAACAGACUCCAAGGAACUAAUUAGUAGAAUCAAGCUUCUCCAAUCGCCCACCAUAGGGAGGCAGAAAUCCAUAAGCCACCAACUCAAGACUGAAUUCGCAAGGCGAAUAGAAGACAGAAGGUACUGGAAGUGGCAUCCACCUCGGGGGAAAGACCUUCGGGGCUGGAGUCGAAAAGCGGUUGAAUCUCCUCCACAGGAGGUCUUUGGUGGCUGCAUCAUCAAUGUGACUAGCUCCUAACUUCUAAUAACCCUAAUCAUUGCUAUAUAUUUUAGAAAAUCCUGUGAAAAAUGUAAUAUUUGAGACAUUUACUGUAGAAAAAGAACAUAAAGGGGUUUUAACUAAAUAUUCUUUAAAAGAGCAUGGAUCUGAAAUUAUGGUAGACGAUGACAAUAAAUCGGAAUAUGCCAAUCUCAGAUGAAAAUUUGAAACAACUGACAAUCUCCAAGCUGGCUUGAUGUAUCUCCUUCAUGGUUUCUAUUCAGUGAUUCCUAAAAAUUUAGUUUCUAUUUUUACCUCCCAAGAAUUUGAACUAUUACUGUGUGGGUUGCCUUAUAUUGAGUUAGAUGAUUGAAGAAAAAACACAAUAUAUCGUGGCGAUUUUACUAGAAAAAGCAGAAUAAUAAAGUGGUUUUGAAGAAUUUUAAGACAUUUCAGCCAGAAGAAAUUAUCAGACUUAAUUACUUUUGUAACUGGAACUCCUCGGCUUCCAGUUGAAGGGUUUUCAUCUUUGAAAACCAUGAGAGGAGACCCAGCAAAAUUUACUAUAGAGUCUAUUCCUUGUGAAAAUGAUAAUGCCUUGCCUCGUGCUCAUACCUGCUUCAACAGGUUGGAUUUACCUAAAUAUACAAGUCGACAGAGUUUAAAAAAAGGUCUUCUGUAUGUUAUAAGAAACCAUAAAUUCGGCUUUGGAAUUGAAUAA